GGCGACAACAAUGGCUGUCCCCUCGCUCAAAGCACCCAGGCUUUCCCUUAGACAAUCCCUUGAUGAUUCUCUUCUGCGGAACACGUUCUUCGAAAUUGUGUACCAUCACCACCCAAACCUUGCCGACAGGAUCGACGAGAUAUACAAGCUGUCGCUCGCAUGGUGCAACUCAGAAUCGGACAAGGACUUUCAGGCUCUCGAGAAAAUACUCUCGGGGUUGAAUCCAGACGAAUUGAUCCUGGUCUCCAGUUGUUUUUCCCAGCUUCUCAACCUGCACAACUUAUCAGAGGAGAUCAGUAAUGCACAGCUGGAGCGUGCUGUCCGCAUUGGCGAGGUGGAGCAAUCCACGAGGUCCACCAACAGGUCCUUCAAGCGGCUCAUCAAGGUGAAUGGGGUCAAGCCUGAGGAGAUCUACAAGACCAUCUGCGAGCAGACCGUGGAGCUCGUCUUCACUGCGCACCCCACCCAGGCGCUGCGGCAGUCGCUGCUGAAGAAGUAUGCGCGCAUCCGGGCGGACAUGGACAGCCUGCACAACAAGCGCCUGUCGCCCUACGAGAAGAUCGAGACUCUGGAGAGCAUUCGAGGCCAAAUCCAGGGCGCCUGGCGCACCGACGAAAUCCGCCGCCAGAAACCGUCACCCCAGGCGGAGAUGAGGCAGGGGCUGUCCUACUUCCACUCCACCAUCUUCAACUCGCUGCCCACCUUCUACCGCCGCAUCGAUACCGCCCUCAAGCAGAUCGGGCAGCCGAUGCUGCCGCUGACGCACAACCUGUUCAACUUUGGGUCGUGGAUGGGCGGCGACCGCGACGGCAACCCAUUUGUGACGGCUGACACGACACGCGAUGUAGUCAUCACGGCGCGCCUGGCCGCAGUAAACGCGUUCUUCACCGCCAUCGAGCAGCUCAUGUUUGAGCUCUCCAUCUGGCGCUGCAACACCGAGAUGCAAGAGCUGGCGGAGGCUGUGCACUCGAAGCAGGCGCCGCACGAGCAGGCGCUGGCGGACGAGCGCAAGAAGAAGAACUUUGUCGAGUUCUGGAACGUCAUCUCCCUCAAGGACCCCUUCCGCCUCGUGCUGUCCGAGAUGCGCGACCGCCUCUUCCACACCCGCGAAAUCCUACACCACUGCCUCGUGCACACCAACCUGAAUUUGAAGGAGACUCUGGAGAAUGAUCCUGAGGCGUACUACAACAAGGAGGAGAUGGUGGAGCCGCUGCUGGUGAUGUACAACUCACUCAUCGAGACGGAGGACGACUCCAUCGCCAACGGCCGCCUCCUCGACACAAUCCGCCAGGUGCAGUGCUUUGGUCUGGGCAUGGUGCGGCUGGACAUCCGGCAGGAGUCCUCGCGCCACAACGAUGUCCUCGACACCAUCACCACAUACCUCGGCAUCGGCUCCUAUAAGGCGUGGAGCGAGGAGGAGCGGCUGAAGUGGCUGCAGAGCGAGCUGACUGGUAAGCGUCCGCUGCUGCCCCCGGGCAUGGCAACAACGGCUGAGGUGGCGGAGGUGCUCUCCACCUUCCGCAUCCUGGCCGAGCUGCCGCCCGACUCCCUGGGUGCCUACAUCAUCUCCAUGGCCCACACCGGCUCAGACGUCCUCGCCGUUGUCCUCCUGCAGAGGGAGUGCGGGGUGAAGCAGACGCUGCGGGUGGUGCCGCUGUUUGAGACGCUGGACGAUUUGGAGUACAGCGAGUCGGCCAUGGAGCAGCUGCUGAGCAACCCAUGGUAUGCAGACCACAUCAAGGGCGUCCAGGAGUGCAUGAUCGGCUACUCCGACUCCGGCAAGGACGCCGGCCGCCUCGCCGCCGCCUGGGGGCUCUACGAAGUCCAGGAGAAGCUGGUGGCGGUGGCGGACAGGCACAACGUGAAGCUGACGCUGUUCCACGGUCGCGGCGGCACCGUCGGGCGCGGCGGCGGCCCCACCCACCUGGCCAUCCUCUCCCAGCCGCCCGGCACCAUCAAGGGCGCCCUGCGCGUCACCAUCCAGGGCGAGACGUUGGAGCAGCAGUUUGGGGAGAAGGAGGUGUGCUUCCGCACGCUGGACCUGUACACCAGCGCCGUGCUAGAGUCCACACUCAACCCCGUCGUGCAGCCUAAGGCCGAGUUCCGCUCCGUCCUCAACGAAAUGUCCAAGACGUCGUGCGCGGCGUACAGGGGUGUGGUGCGGGGGGACCCGCGCUUCAUCGAGUUCUUUCAGGCGGCCACGCCCGUCAACGAGCUGGGCCGCAUGAACAUCGGCAGCCGCCCCGCCAAGCGCAAGGCCGCCGGCUCCAUCGACGACCUGCGCGCCAUCCCCUGGAUCUUCGCCUGGACCCAGACCCGCUUCCACCUCCCCGUCUGGCUCGGCAUCGGAGACGCAUUUCAGGCGAUGAUAGACGGCGGCAAGCUGGGCCUGCUGCAGCAGAUGUACAAGGAGUGGCCCUUCUUCUCCGUCACCAUGGACAUGAUCGAAAUGGUCUUCGCCAAAGCCGACCCCCGCGUCGCCCAGUUCUAUGAGACGGGCCUGGUCGACAAGAAGCUGUGGCCUUUCGGCGAGGACCUGCGGAAGCGCUUCGACCAGACCCGGACGCUGCUGCUGAAGGUGAUGGACCACAAGAAGCUGCUGGAGACGAACGAUGACGUGAUGCUGCAGCAGAAGCUGGCCCUGCGCGCCCCAUACAUCACCCCCCUCAACAUCCUCCAGGUGUACUGCCUCAAGGCGCUGCGCGCGAUGGAAUCUGGGCAGGGCAUCGACAGCGCCUACAAGGACUACAAGCCCGACGACCCCGCCGUGCAGGCGCUGCUGACCCGGGACAUUUCGAGUGCCUGGAAGGACCCCUACAAGGCUGCAGUGGAGGACACCCUCAUCAUCACCAUGAAGGGCGUCUCAGCCGGCAUGCAGAAUACAGGCUGAGCAGAUUUUCUUGGAGCGUUCAAAGGAUCGAGGCGCUGGACAUGUCAAAGUUGUGCGUGGAUUGAUGCGGGUCGAAAAAGUUAGGUUGCCAGGGAGCGAGUGAAAUGACCAUGGGUCCGGAGAGCAUAAGAUGCUCCAAGUGAUGUCUUUGUUGUACAGCUAAGCCUAGCCUCACAAUUUGUCUGGUCGCUUUGAAAACUUUAAUUCUGCAUCAAUGCCGUGCGCAUGGGUGAUUGUUACCGUAGUGACUCUGUUGCACAAGCUGAUGCAUUGCCUCAAGAGUCAAGAGGGUUGGUGCAUGUGUGACUCGUGUAUUUUGGCAUCUGGUUAGAGAAUCGGCGCCAUUUGUUGGACCCAAUUUCUCCAGCCGGUCGGCGACGCACAAUGCAUGGCCACCGGUCGAUUCACCUAAAAUUGUAUUUAAGUAUACGCUGCACAUGUAAAGGAACAAUUCUC